AUAAUGCAUUGCCCGUUUACCACCAGCUGCCAGCUGAYUUCUUUACCAAUGCAAGUAAACUACGAGAUGCUCUUUUUGGAAAGGGAGCACCCCUUCAGUUUACUUUAUUAAUUUCAAAAAGGUAGGUAAAAUAGUUAGUUUAUUUACAACUAUUUUCCAAUAUAAUGGGUCCUCGGCAACAUGUUUGUUAUAACGCAUGUUAUUAUGGAUGAAUAGCGAGCUAACUCCAGCUAGCUAGCUAAAGUCGGGUUGUCAACACAGUCGCUGGCUAACGUUAGCUGUGGUUAUAUUGCGGCUUUGUUUACACACUGUUUACAAAGGCCUGGAUGCAAGUAGCUAGCUAGCCACUAGCCAGCUACCGUCAGCAGUGCACUCACCUGCAYCAAGGAACGACGAAGGGRUAUGGAGCUGUCGUCUCAAGACCCUCAUCCUAUGGCUUUGGAUCUCUCAAAGAGAUGUGGGAAUAGUCAUCUGAAUCCCAGGACCACAGAGGUUCUGGACCUGAUGAAGAAGCCCAGCUGGCACAGCAUCACUGACGACCAUGUGUCCAUGCCCUGCAUGCAGCUCCUCUCUGAGAAAACACUAACAGACACAGGUGUCAGACUUUCCUACGGGACUAGGACUUGUGUUCGCUCCCCCCUUUUACAUAAUGGUAUGGACAGAAGCUUACGGGACUCAGGGUUGUACGAGCAACACCCUARAGAGAMCCUAAAUGCAGAGAGCCCCAUUUCUGAAAGUAUUGAGGGAGACGAGAGUCAGAGUGACUCUGAUGUCAUUUUGCUUGUUUCCAGUUCUAAGGAAGCACCCUCACCUCAGGACUAUUUAGACAGGGGAUCUGUUAGUCCCUUAGUGGAUUCUCCGUCCCCUGGCGCUGUCUCUUUGGGUGAAGCUAAAGGUUGUUUUCUACUGCCCCAGACACUGAGUUCCCCSAGUCCUGACAAUACAUAUUCAGAGGAUUCAUCUGAAAGCACAGAGGAGAUGUCGMUGAAUGCAAAACCUGUUCUUAACCUGUCGGAAUUAGCUGCUGUGUAUGGGAAAUAUGUCAGGUCUCCUGUGGAUGUCUCAAGUGAUGAUAGUGAUGUCAUUGAAGUUCCCAUCACCAAUGAAAAGAAAAAGAUUCACAGUUUACCWGUUGAUGUUCAAAAUGAGAWAAGGCUGACAGGUGAAGCUAGUAAUGUUGUAAAAAAAAGCCUUUCUCCACAUCCUAGAACAAUACAGCCUGGGGUCAGCGCUCAGAAACUCACCAACAAUGUCACUCGCCAUCAUUCAAAAAUACAUACCAAAAACUCAAGUAGAAUAUUACCCAAGGAACAUUCUGGCGACACAAUGGACUCAAAAGAGAAGUCAUCUAGUUCAGAGGAUGAGUCUUGGUUACAGCCAACUGUCUACCUGUACAGGUGUGUAGUAGAAUCUGAUGACUCUGAUGUGGACCGUCGGACAGUUCGACAGGACCCCUCUGAGAGCCUACGUUCCUCUAGAAGGCCACAGAGAGGAUCAUCACCUGCUACAGAGUCAAGGACCAAGGCCACACAUGUGGAAGACAUCCAACAGGAGUGGACAAAGCCCUCUUCACCCAGGAACAAAAGGUCAGGAACCAAGCAGAAAACCCACCAGAGAAGCCCAGCCAAUCAGGCCUCAAGUAGUAGAAAAGCAGCAGCAAGUAAAACAAAACGGAGGAGGGAGAAACACAAACAAGCCGGCUCAUCCUCCAUGUUUUCCCAUGAAGAGGCAGAAAUCAAGCUGAAAUAUGCAAACUACAAACAGGACAAAAGGGCCAGUAAAUCAGAGGACUUUUGCCCUUUUGUGCACAUGGAGCAGAGGGAGUACUCUGCUUGUACAGUGAUCAACGAUCAGCAGGAGGAGAAGGAUGUGAGGCGGAACAAAGGACAGCAACAACAACCAACUGGSUCUGUGUCUUUYUCUGGUGUCGUUCCUAAGACGUCUUGUUAUCGUCUGGGUCGCCUCAGCUCAAAGAGUAAGUSUCAGCCCCUAAUGGUGUGCUGCCUGUGUGGUGGGUCUGCUAAUGCUGUGGGCCUAGGGGACCUACACGGACCUUACUAUCCAACUGGACCUGCUUUGGAGGAACAAGGCAAACAGCAGYCKCAGAGGGAAGAAUACAAGMACAGUGAACUGUCUGUAGAUUGUAAGAUAGGCCUAUGUGGUCAGGUAGMGGAGAAUGGGUUACAUGAACUGAGCAAUGUGCCUAGAGUAGAGGCUGUAGUUGAUGACUGCUGCAUCACAGUCAGUGAUWGUGAAAGCUCCACAUUGCCUUCAGCCAAAAAGCUCCGAACAAAUGGCUSCGUGAUGGAKGGCCACAGUCUGCCUGUGGUGCCCCACAACACCAAUGAAUGCUGGAUCCACGAGGACUGUGGCAUAUGGUCCACAGGUGUUUUCUUGGUUAAAGGAAAGCUCUACGGCUUGGAGGAGGCUGUUAGGUUCGCCCAAGAAACAGUGUGUUCAACAUGCCACACAGCAGGUGCAACCAUGGGCUGCUUCCAGAAAGGGUGCCCCAAUAAGUACCACUACAGCUGUGCAGCUCAGUCAGGCUGUGUGCUUAACGAGGAAAACUUCUCCAUGAGAUGUCCAAAGCACAAGAAUAAAUCAUUCAGAGGUGUGAACAUGCCAGACAACAGAUGACAGGAGAGAAGGAAUUGGACACCAUGGAAGCUAAACCUCAUUGGCAGCAGCCACCAGAUAGAUAGUCUCCUUCACCCCAGAGAAGAGGCUGUGGAAGAACUGCAACAUUCUAUUCAUGUUUUCUUUUAUCUCUUGAAUGUUUACAUUGAGUCCAUGUUACUUUAGUAUUAUUAAUGAUUCUGAAUUGAUUGUACCAAUGAAGCCAAAUGCUCUUAUUGUGUGUCUGCCUGCAGAUGGCCGUAGUCUUUUUGGCCCGUCUCCACUGUGGAAGCUUGAGAGUUAUGUUGCCAGGUUUGUUGUGCUGUUUGCUUUGUUGAAAGACCAAAAUAUCACUGUUUGGUCCUCUGUUUUAUUUUGUUMAAGUUUUAUAUCUAUGUUUGGUCUUUUUACCUUUUAAUACUGAAAUGACGAUUGACAUGUUUUUGUGUUCACAAUGUGUGACAGACUUYCUAUUGUUUCCUUAUUUGAUAGGAACCUUUAUUUAAUAGGAACCUUGAGAGGACAAUAGUUGAGUUCAGUAUUCAUCCUAAUUAACAGUGAUUGAAUGGCCAACCAGUCACUCCCCUGAUAAUAUGACUUGUUUUGCAAGGUUGCUACUUUGAAAUUCAGAUUUCUGUAUGUUACUAUAAGGAUUUUUGCAUCUCAGAUUAUCCUGGUGGAAUGCUUUGGUAAUCAUUCGGAACUAAAUGGCAACAGAGGAAGUGAUGGAUCUCCAGAAAGGCUUCUAUGGCUGCGCUUACACAGGCAGCCCAAUUCGGAUAUUUUUUCCACUAAUUGGUCUUUUGACCAAUCACUUCAGAUCUUUUCGCUUCAGAUCUGAUUGGUCAAAAGGCCAUUUUAGUAAAUAAAAAUAUCAGAAUUGGGCUGCCUAUCUAAAUUCAGUCAUAAAGACAUAUUUAUUUUCUAUUUAUGAUUUAAUCAUGUUGUGCAUAUUUAUUUAUGUAAUGUUCAGCUGACAUGGUGGUAGUGCUGCUCAAUGAGGAAAAGGUACAAUGUCUGUUUUGCACAAAGUUUGCAACGGUUGGUACAUUCAACCCACUGGGCACACACUGGUUGAAUCAACGUUGUUUCCACGCCAUUUCAAUAAAAUUACGUUGAACCACUGUGGAAUAGACGUUGCAUUGACGUCUGUGCCCAGUGUGAAAUGAUUUUGAAUUUGACCUGAUAUCAUUGGCUCCAGAGAUUAUGAUUUUAUACUGGGUUCUGUUAAUGCAGUCUUUAAGGAAAUGUAUGGGUGUUCCAGUCUUACAUAUGUGUGAGGAAGAGAUGGCUAACACAUGGAAUUAAUUGUCUGUAACAGCUUGCAACUGUUGCCUUUUUGUCACCUGUUUGAAUAAAAGCUGACAUUCCUGUGUA